GAAGGAGGCCACAUCGUCCCGGCCCAGGAGAGCUUACAGCCAGUCCCCAGCCAGAGGAACUCUUCCGAGGAAAACACAGGCUUAGGACCAGAGAGGUUCCAGGAGAGGGGCGACGGGCGUCCAGUCUCACCACCGGGAAGAGAGGGAGAAGGAGCAGGCAGGCCCCACGGAAGGACGGCUGGUUUACAGCCUCACCCCAGGCUCUGCCAUCACCAAAAGGCCACACUCCCUUUCUCACUGCAGAUCCCUAGGCCAAUCUAAAACUUCAGAAAAGGACUUUGCAACACCCCGCCCCGCCCAGAUGGAAAGGGAAUACAUUUAGUUACACAAAAGAGUUACACAAAAGUCCAAGCUCCCCCCCCAGUGAGGCUGACAUUUUCUGUUUGUGCCAACUGUAUUUUUUUUUUUCAAACUCCUCCCCCUCUGGCGCCCACUGUGACUUUACUGUGUUACUUAAGGCAGCUUGCUUAGUCUCUCUGGGCUUCCGUUGCCUCCUCUGAACUCACAGCUUAAAAGUACGAGGGAUAUACAACUAUAGUUAAUGGAUAAAAAAUGCUUAGGGCUCAGUAGUACAAGGCGUGUGUUCCUAAUGUCGCCGCCCAGCCUCCUCAGAUAUGAGAACACUGGCAAGUUUGGAUCCCAAAAGGAAAUUUCCCCUAGAUUUUGGUUUGAAAUUCCUGCUUGUCCCAAACUCAAGUCACCUCAGUUGUUUAAGGAGGAGCUACGGUCUGCCAGGCUCUUUACCCUGGAACCCAGCCUGCUGCCUCUCUUCCAGUACAACGGCCGCCAGUUCUCCAGCCCUGAGGAUUGUCUCUCCUCCCCAGAAUUCCUGGACCACAUUAGGAAGGUGAUGCUGGUAAUUGAAACUGCGGCGACCCAUGCGGAGGACCUCUCUUCACUGGAGGAGUACCUGGCCGGCUUGGGCAGGAAGCACCGGGCUGUGGGAGUAAGGCUCAGCUCCUUCUCGACAGUGGGUGAGUCCUUGCUCUACAUGCUGGAGAGGUGCCUCGGUCCUGACUUCACACCAGCCACAAGGAACGCCUGGAGCCAACUCUACAGAGCUGUGGUGCAAGCCAUGAGCCGAGGCUGGGGUGGAGAGUAAGAGAAGAGCCAGUGCCCUCACCUGUCCAUCUGUCCAUCUGUCCAUCUGUCCAUAGUAGCCUCAGCCCCUCCCCCAGGGCUCCCCUGCACCUUGGCCCUCACCCCCUUGGCCAUCCUAGAGAGGUGUUGGAAGAGGGCUCUGUCUCAGCUCCUGGUCAGCUGCAGAGAGGUGGUUUUUUUCCUUCCAGAGGAGCCUUUGGGCUCCCCUCAUCCCCACAGAUGAUGCACCCCUGCAUGCCUGGUUAGCUCUCCCCAUGAGGCAAAAUAGAGUUUGGGCAGCGAGGUGGCAUGGGGGCUCUUCUCAGAGAAGCCUCAGCCAAGGUGAGGGUAAAGUGACUAGGUUUCUAGAACCUUCCAUCUCGUCUGCUCAGUGUCUGAUGCUUUCCUGCCAGGCUGCUUACUUUCCAAAAAUGAGGAGAAGGAGCAGCUUUAGUGUUUCUGGGGAGCUCAGGGAAGGGGAACAGGGAGGAUGGUGUUCGUCAGAGGCAGUGAGCACCCAAGGUCUCAAAGCUCAGAUGCCCUAUACAAAAUUUCCUAUGUCCUUGGUUCAGGGUUUCUGGUAGAAGCUCCCCAGGAUUCUUUUUGGGGUGGGGAACCAAGCUGGCCAGCCGGAACGGAGAGGCUAGUAGGGCGAGGAGGAGUGACCUCAUCCCACAUGGCCCUGAGUCCCAAGGCUCUUACUGCCACCCUAGCCUAGCAGGGCUGAAUCUUGUCUCCCCGCCCUCUUCUGCUCACUGGCCACCCUCCAGCUGCGGGCUCCUAACUCUGUGUUUAACCCUUGAGGGGGAACUGUGCCUGGGCAGAUGAGCGGGAGAGAAUACAGGGGGAGAGGCCCUCGUCCCCACGCCCAGCCACCCACACUUUCUUGCUCUGUGUUGUGAUUCUAUACGCUCGAUGCUCACAAGAAAUAAACAUGUCCUGUGUGCUGA